AUGGGUGUACCAGCCCUUUUCAGAUGGUUAUCUAAAAAAUAUCCUAAAAUUGUAGAACAAGUUAUUGAAGAUGUACCUAUAAGGACUGAAGUCGAAGGAGGAUACGAAGAAACACCACUUGAUAUGAGUAAGAGGAAUCCAAAUGGGGUCGAGUUUGAUAUGAAUGGUAUCGUACAUCCUUGUACUCAUCCUGAGGGUAAAAAACCUCCAGAGACAGAAGAAGAAAUGAUGAUCGAAGUCUUCAAAUACACCGAACGAGUCGUUAAUAUGGUCAGACCACGUAAACUACUUAUGAUUGCUAUUGAUGGAGUUGCACCUCGAGCUAAAAUGAAUCAACAACGAUCAAGACGAUUUAGAGCAGCACAAGAAGCACAAACAAAAGAAGAAGCUAAAUUAGCAGCGAUUGAAGAAUGGAAAACGAUGGGAAAAGAACUUUCAGAAGAAUUCAAAAGUGAUAAGAAAGCUUGGGAUAGUAAUGCUAUCACUCCUGGUACCCCUUUCAUGACUCUCUUGACGGAAAGUUUACGUUAUUGGAUUGUUCAUAAGAUGAACACUGAUCCAGGGUGGAAGCAGAUACAAGUGAUUCUUUCGGAUGCAUCAGUUCCGGGUGAAGGAGAACACAAGAUCAUGGACUUCAUACGACGACAACGGACUCAUUCCAGCUACGAUCCAAACACAUCUCAUGUGAUCUAUGGUUUGGACGCAGAUUUGAUUAUGCUCUCCUUAGCUACUCAUGAACCUCACUUCAAGGUUUUGAGAGAAGACGUGUUUGCCGAUCAAAAGAAAGGUCGUGGUUGUUAUACUUGUGGGCAACCAGGUCAUCACAGUAGUCAAUGUCAAGGCAAACCUAAAGAAAAGGCCGACGAAUUCGAUAUCAAACAGAAGCCGAACGCGUAUGCUGAAGAAGAUCCUGAUGCUGACGUAGAUAUCGAUGAGGACUUGAUCCAAAACGCUGAACAGAAUCCUAUGGACCCCGAAGCUGCACCGACGGACGCGGAUUUAACAUCACCUGUACAUCGUUCCAAGCGAAAAGCAGAUAGUCUGGAAGACGAGGAUUCCGUUUUAAUAUCAGGUAUCAUACCUGAAGAAGUUGUUCUUUCGGAGGACGAUGAUGAUGAUGCGGGGAACAUUUCAGUUGCGCUACCUAGUGGUCCUAGUAAGCCUCCGACACUGAAAAUGCUCGGUAACAAUAUGGUGGAACAAGAUGAUACGGUCAAGUGA